AGAAAUAUGGAUACAUAAUGUUCAAUUGCUUGCAUGACUAUGAAGCAAAUUUUACUCUUGCGACAUAUUGUGAAUUGAAAUAUGGCAAGAGUGAUCUGCAUCAGUUGUUAGUGGAAGUUCCAGUAGCAACAGAUUGGCUGUGUCUUUCUCUCUAUAACAUCACUGUUAAAACAGAAAUAUUUUCUCGGCUAACAAACCUGAGAGCUUUAUAUGUAUAUGGUAAAUUUGUGCUACAACCAGGAAGUUUUAUAAACCUUCCACAACUCUCUGCUCUCUGGAUUGAACUCUGGGUUGCGCCGACGAGUGAAUUCUCUGUUGGCAAUGUUGAUUUAAAAGGACUAAGCACUAUCAAGCAUCUCAGGUUAAGCGGGAUUGGCCUCUCAGCUUUCAAUAAGACAAGAUUUGAGGAUCUGCACCAACUUGAUGAUCUUGCUUUGGAAAAUAAUGAUAUAAGAUCAUUUUCAUCUGUUACUAAAAAACUGACCAACUUAACCAGCUUAAAAACGCUAUCCAUAAUUGAAAGCAUUGCAGAGCUUUCAGCUGAAGAUUGUCUUCCCGGUGAAUUCUUUAGUAUUAUUAGUUUGAAUGUCAAUCCCAUACUAAGUUUUGAAAACAAUUCAUUAUGCAACUUUCCACAACUGACUUCUUUUAAAGCCACUGUUAAUGACAUUGAAACUGUUUUCCGUUCUGGUCUUAAAAAAGUUGACAGCAUUUCAUUUCCAUAUUCUCAGUUAUCAAAUUUUCAGAUCUGUUUCUACGUGGCCUUCUUUAAAGUCAUGGAACUAAACAUGUCCAAUAACUAUAUUAAAUAUAUUGAAACAUCCAACGGCUCCUGCAUAACUCUAAGGAUUUUGGAUCUAUCAUUUAAUGAGAUACAAAAGGUGUCUUUUAAGCAGAUGGAAGACUUAAAGACAGUAAUGGAUCUCAACCUGUCUUAUAACCAAAUCAAAGUGCUGAACGUUUGCUCUUAUGAUAAUUCCUCUUACGUCAAAAUGGAUCUCCUGUCUCUAAACGCAUCCUCUAAUGAUUUAACACGAUUGAGGCAGCGUCAGUUUGCAUGUCUAAAAAACUUAAGGAAGCUGAAUUUGGAUCACAACUACAUUCAUACCAUUGAAAACUGUGCAUUUUGUGGUUUGGAGAACCUGGAGGUCCUGAAUCUGGAAUAUAAUAAGAUGCAUGAAAUUGGGGACGACGAUUUCAAAAACCUGUUUUGGUUAAAGCAGUUGAACUUGAAAGAAAAUGAAUUGAAUGAACUUGAUUACUGGGCAUUUCAGGAUUUACUGCAACUUGAAGAAAUCAGUUUGACGUUUGCAGAUGAUGUAAAAGAAAUGUCGUGGACUCGAUACAUUGCUAACACUUUAAAAAAGCUUUCUUUAAAAGCAAAUGGAAACUACGUUAUGUUGGCAUCAUCUGAUGUUACUCAGUUGCAGCAAUUAGAAUAUUUAGAGUUAGAAGCAGAUAUGAUGAGCAUUGAUGAUUGCUUUUCCUUUCCAUUUUCAAGGAUAAGAGAACUCCGAUUAUCAAACACUUGUGAGUUCAUGUGUCUUGACCCAAUGGUGCAAGCUUUGGAGAAGUUUAUAAAUGUAGAGAGUUUAUAUAUCAAUGCAAAUUUUAAGCAAUAUUCAAAGGUUAAUAUGCUCAAUUCUACUUUAAAGAAUUUAGCUAAGCUGGAGUUUUUCAUACUAGAAAGCACAGAAAAUGCAGUAACCAGUUCACUAGUUAAUGCCAAUGAAUUCUUCUGCGGCUUAAUCAAUUUAAAGACUUUAUAUCUGAAAAGUUCAGGAAUUGAGGACUUCAGCUCAGAAGUUAUGUUUCAAGAUUUAAAAUCAUUGACAGUUUUAAUCAUAGAAGAUCAAAAUAUAAAAGAGCUUAAAGAAAAUGUGUUUUCUCCUAUGCAUGAGCUCAAAUACAUUUUUAUGCCUGAGUCAAGUUUUUCUUGCAGUUGCAAACUCUCUUGGAUAAAUCAGUGGCUGGCCUUUAACAAACAAAUUUCUUUUAUUGACUACAACAGAAAGACUUGUUCUGUAAAAGAACAAAGCCAGUAUUAUAAUCUGGUAGACUUUACAAAUGAACAUUGCAAUGAAGGAGUAGAAUUUAUUAUUUUCAUUGGUUCAUCAGUCACCAUAUCAAUAUUUAUAAUCAUCUCUUUAUUACAGGAAAGUAUAUGGUGGUAUAUGCAGUAUAUGUUCUAUACAACUAAAUGCUGGCUGUAUCACAGGAGAAAAACGAGGGUUAGAGAGGAAUAUCAGUAUGAUGUGUUUGUGUCCUACAAUUCUCAUGAUGAGCAAUGGGUUAUAGAGCAGUUUCUUCCAAACCUGGAGGAACAUGGCCCUCCUUUCUUUAAAGUGUGUAUCCACAACCGUGACUUUGAAAUUGGCAGGGACAUUGUAGACAACAUAGUGGACUGUAUAUAUAAAAGCAGAUGGACAAUCUGCCUUAUCAGUCACAGUUACCUUCAAAGUAGCUGGUGCUCUGUAGAAAUGCGAAUGGCAAUUUACAGGCUGGUAGCAGAGAGCAAGGAUUCCCUAAUAAUUAUAUUUCUUCAUAAUAUCUCUAGAGAAAAGUUGCACUAUCAUCACAAACUGACUAAGUUAAUGCAAGAGAAAACCUAUCUGAGCUGGCCAGAUGAUGCCAAAAGUCAGCAGCUGUUUUGGGCAAGAUUGCGGAAAGUCAUUGGAGGAGAAGUUGAAAGAGACCAUAAUCUCUAAUAACAUUGUACAUUGUGUACAGUUUUAUGUACCCCAUUUAAAAAACAAGAUUUGCUUUCAGAUGUUUUUUCUGUAACCAUAAACCCAGCGCUUUCCUCUCUACGCUGCCUGCUGCUUUUUAAGUUAAUCCAUACAGUUAUAGUGCAUAGAGAAAUGUAAAUCCAUAAAGCUGUAGUUCAUAAAGACAUGCUGAACUUCAAUCGACAAAAACAAUGUGGCUGCUUUUACCCAUAUGGACUAUAUAACAGCAGAUAUACAUAAAAGGUAUAUUUUGUGAACACAGUGAGUUAUGCACUCAUAUUUUAUAUAACCUUUAAAGAGGAAGAAAGAACAUACACUUUAUAUAUGUUAAUGAUAAAGCAUAAAGUUGGCCAUAGACGUGUAUCCAGUGAGCGAUCGGAUCAUCACAAUCUUCUGACCUGUCGCUAACCAUUCAGAUUAAAUAAAGUAGCAUAAGACGAAAUCAGAUGAUAUUCUGGCCAUGAAAUGACGGCAAUCGUACAUAAGUUAUCUCCAACAAAUAGUAGUGACAGUCACCAAUUGAUAUUGUCAAUGCAUGCAUAGAAAUUAUUAAAAGUCAACAGAAAUAUUUUAAAUUGUCCAAUCAACUAAACGACCGAUCACCACAGAAUGAAGAUGAUCCACAAAACAGUCCGAAAAUCUUACAAAGCUUCAAUUGGUGCAACUUUAUCUUUGCGUCUAUGGCCAGCUUUAGGAUGUAUAAUACACACAUAGCUGGCAUCUAUAUCAUGCAAAUUUAUCAGAAGGCUCUUUUAGGGGCACAUUUACAAAGCUCGA